UCUUGAGCAUCAAACGGAUCGGGUCAAGCGAUAAGGUCCAGCGGCCGCAGCCGCUUUCUCAAACUCAAGGUGAGAAGAAAGGUUAGGCAGGGGCGUGGAAGUGGAACACAAGAAGACUUCUCUCUCUCUCUCUCUCUCGGUAGCUGCCAGGAAGAUGGCCGUGUUGCAGCUGUGGGAGACGCUGAAGUUGGCGAUAACGGCCUACACGGGCCUAUCCCCUGCGACCUUCUUUACCGUCUUAGCCGUGGCCUUUGCCUUCUACCACGUACUGUCAGGGAUGUUCUCUUCCUCUGCGCCACUUCCAAGGAGGGCAGUAGAGGAGGAGGAGGAGAGGGAGCCGCUGCCGCCGCCAGUUCAGCUUGGGGAAAUCACCGAAGAGGAGCUGAGGGCCUACGACGGGUCUGACCCCAAGAAGCCGUUGUUGAUGGCUAUCAAGGGCCAGAUCUACGAUGUCUCCCAGUCGAGAAUGUUCUAUGGACCCGGAGGGCCUUAUGCACUGUUUGCUGGCAGAGAUGCAAGCAGGGCUCUUGCAAAGAUGUCUUUUGAAGAGAAGGAUUUAACUGGAGAUAUUGAAGGUCUUGGGGCUUUUGAGCUUGAUGCCCUGCAGGACUGGGAGUACAAGUUCAUGGGCAAAUAUGCUAAAGUUGGAGCCGUUCAGAAGAAUACUGCUCCGGCGACUGAAUCAUCAGAUGUGGAGUUGACAGCUAAUGGCACUAUCAGAUCUGCAACUUCUGAGACAGCUGAGACGGUCGAAACUCCUUCACUGAAUUUGAAACCAAAAUAUGGUACCUCUACCACUGAUGAGGCCCAAGAAUAGUGUCCAUGAUUUUGGUAUACGUUGGAGCUAGUGAAGCUAUUUUUUUUGCCACCUAAAAUAUUCCUGCUCCUUCUCUUGUGGCAUACUCAGAGUGGCUAUUUUGCUGACAGCUUUAGUGCAGUGCGAUUGUAAAUAGUGUACAUGUUCAGCUAUCAAUCAGACGUUUCCUGAAAUAGUUCGACUUUUGCCUUCUCUCGCUAGCUUUGAGGGGUGGUUUCACAAGAAAUUGAACGUUUCUUUUGUAUCUUGCUUUGAGUCUACCAUUUUAUUGGAAAUAAUUGAGUUUGCAGCAUUCUCUAA